CUGGUGACGUAAGGAGCGUUCCAUUAGGCCAGCGGUGGGCGGUUGCCACAGCUGGUUUAGGGCCCCGACCAUUGGGGCCCCUUGUCAGGAGGAGGCAGCCUCCUGGCUGGGAAAGAGAAGUCGCUGCCACCUUUGGCGGCUGCCUGGUCCCCUGAGACAGGCCACUUCCUGCCAUCCAUCCCCCGCCGAGUUUCGGGUCCCUCCUUCAGGCCCUGCUUCCCUGCCCUGGUCUCUCUUCUGCAGCUGGGCCAGUUGAUCCGGAGGAGAUUGUUUUCUAGGGCAUGAAAUUGGACUUUUAAUGAUGUUUGAUCCAGCAGCAGCAAUAGCAGGCAACGCGAUUUCAAAGUUGGGCUCAGCCUCUGUUUUUUCUGUCUUGUGAUCACCAAACUCAUUGAGGACCAGGAAUUCCAAUCAUGUCUGUGAUGGUGGUGAGAAAGAAGGUGACACGGAAAUGGGAGAAACUCCCAGGCAGGAACACCUUCUGCUGUGAUGGCCGCGUGAUGAUGGCCCGGCAGAAGGGCAUCUUCUACUUGACCCUCUUCCUCAUCCUGGGAACAUGCACGCUCUUCUUCGCCUUUGAGUGCCGCUACCUGGCUGUUCAGCUGUCUCCUGCCAUCCCCGUGUUUGCUGCCAUGCUCUUCCUUUUCUCCAUGGCUACGUUGCUGAGGACCAGCUUUAGUGACCCUGGAGUGAUUCCUCGGGCCCUACCAGAUGAAGCCGCUUUCAUAGAAAUGGAGAUAGAAGCUACCAAUGGCACCGUACCCCAGGGCCAGCGACCACCACCUCGUAUCAAGAAUUUCCAGAUAAACAACCAGAUUGUGAAACUGAAAUACUGUUAUACAUGCAAGAUCUUUCGGCCUCCCCGGGCCUCCCAUUGCAGCAUCUGUGAUAAUUGUGUGGAGCGCUUCGACCAUCACUGCCCCUGGGUGGGGAAUUGUGUUGGAAAGAGGAACUACCGCUACUUCUACCUCUUCAUCCUUUCUCUCUCCCUCCUCACAAUCUACGUCUUCGCCUUCAACAUCGUCUACGUGGCCCUCAAAUCUUUGAAAAUUGGCUUCCUGGAGACGUUGAAAGAAACUCCUGGAACUGUCCUAGAAGUACUCAUUUGCUUCUUCACACUCUGGUCUGUUGUGGGGCUGACUGGAUUUCACACUUUCCUCGUGGCUCUCAACCAGACAACCAAUGAAGACAUCAAAGGUUCAUGGACAGGGAAGAAUCGUGUCCAGAAUCCCUACAGUCAUGGUAACAUCGUGAAGAACUGCUGCGAAGUGCUCUGUGGCCCCUUGCCCCCCAGUGUGCUGGAUCGGAGGGGUAUUUUGCCACUGGAGGAAAGUGGAAGUCGACCUCCAAGUACUCAAGAGACCAGUAGCAGCCUCUUGCCACAGAGCCCAGUCCCAACAGAACCCCUGAGCUCAAAUGAAAUGCCGGAGGAAACCAGCACCCCUGAAGAGAUGCCACCUCCAGAACCCCCAGAGCCACCACAGGAGGUGACUGAUGCUGAGAAGUAACCUGUCUGUGGAAGAGACUUUUGUUUGUGUUCAAUUAGGGCUCUGAGAGUUGUAAGGGGAGAGAUAAACCUGAGACAGAGAGCAAAUACGCUCCCUUUUAAUGUUUUUCUUUGGUCUUUAUCCACCCAAAUGCACACUGGCAUUUUCUUGCUGCAAGUUUUUUUUUUUUUUUUUUCUGGACUGAAGACCGUAGCAGAAGAUGUCAGUUACCUCUGAUAACUGGACAAAUGGGUCUCUUGGCCCUGGCACUGGUUUUCCAUGGCCUCAGCCAUGGAAUGUCCUUGGACUUCUCUCUUUUCCUUCUCAAUCUUAGCUCUCCUGCUUGGGGUCAUCAGUCUACUUCUGGAGUUACAGAUUCUUGAGGCUAAAAUCCUUUCAAGCUGCUGCAUGCCAUGAGCCUCUAGCCAGGAAACCCUAACUGGGUUCUUGGGGUCUUCAGAAUUGAAGAAUAUGGAGAGUGGGGUUGGAGGAGUCUUCCGGCUACUCAAGUGCCAACAUUGCCAGCGAAUCCUUCUAGGAAUGGGGCAGGUACCUUCUACUUGUUGUAUUUAAUCACGUAGCGGCACCUUUGUGCCCCCUUCCACUCUUUAACACCCAAGCUCCUACUUUUUUCCAAUUAGAUAUGUGUAAGUAGUUGUAGUAGAGAUAAUUUCCAUUUCUUGUAGACUACCUGAGACAUUUUAUUUAAUAUCUGUGCCAUUCUCAGUAUGAAUUUAUGAGGUGCCAAUGGCAUAGUCCCUCACAUUCUGUCUCAUCUCUCCUCCUUUCUCAUGAGCCCCUUUUAAUUUUGUUUCCUUUGACUUCUUGCUCCCAUUAGGAGCAAUAAUGGCAGUAAUAAAAGUUUGCGCUUGGAUGUUUCCUUUUCCUCAGAGGAAACCCAAGUGCUCACUUAAACACUACCCACUCAGACUCCCUGUGUGAGGCCUGCAGAGGCCCAGAAUGCACUAUGGGAAAAACAAGGCACAGAGAGGCUCUCCUCUCCUAUCCUCCUAUGCCCCUCAAAAAAGGUAAAAAUUAAAAAAAAUAAAAUAAAAAGAUAACCAGUACUUCCAUUAAAGCCUAGGCUGAGUGAGGAGGGAAUGCCCAGGACUGCAGCCCUCCCGGGUAACCCACUCCCAAGGCCUUGGCCCUUCUUGGCCUAUGGUAACCACCCCGGGGUUCUUCAAGCCCCGUUCUUCCAGCACUUCCACCGGCAGAGUCCCAGAGCCACUUCACCCUGGGGGUGGGCUGUGGCCCCCAUCAGGUCUGCUCAGGACCUGCUCUAUUUCAGGGAAGAAGAUGUAUGUAUUAUACAUGGCUAUAUUUCCUAGAGCACCUGUGUUUUUCUCUUUCUAAGCCAGGGUCCUGUCUGGAUGACUUAUGGGGAGGGUGGGGGGAGUGUAAACCAGAACUUUUAAUCUAUUUGAAGGCGAUUAAACUGUGUCUAAUGCAAA